AUGCUGACUUGUAGACACCUCAUUGGCCACCUCCGCCGGCAGGCCAGCACAGCGGUAGCUCGUGUCCUGGCUCCCGGCUAUGUGGAAGUCCAAGAAGACAAAGGCCAGACCCCCCUCAAGUAUCCACAAGUCUGGCUGAGGGACAACUGUCAGUGCCCGGAGUGCUUCCAUGCUGCCACCCGGGCCAGGAAAAGUCAUUGGGAGCGAGGACCCGUAAACAUAAAAGUGGCCAAAGUGGAUUAUAACCAGGAACACCAAAAACUAGAGGUUAUCUGGCAGGACCAGCACAAGAGCUCCUUUGACCUGGCCUGGCUGAGGGAAAGGGAUUUUGGUGAGGUGGCCAGGAGGCGGUACCUGGACGAGGUGUACAAGCCACCGGCACAGCUCUGGGGGAAAACCCAGUUUGAGGCUGUGCGAAAGGAGUUCAACUACCAGGAUGUCAUCCAGGAGGAUGCAAAGCUGCAAGCCUGGCUGGAGGCUCUGGCAGUUCAGGGAUUUGCCAUACUCAAGGGAGCGCCCGAUGACAUCAAUGUGGCCAAAAAUCUGGCCGAAAGGAUUGGCUAUAUCAAGAGGACCACUUAUGGAGAUGUCUUCGAGGUAAAGUCCAAACCGAAUGCCGGUAACUAUGCCUACCUGAUGACUCCCCUGCCGCUGCACACGGACAUGCCCUACUACGAAUACAAGGCCGGCAUCAAUAUACUCCACACCCUCGUCCAGUCGGCCUCAUCGGGCGGCGCCAAUACCCUCACCGAUGGCUUCAAUGUGGCCUCUGAGAUGCAACGCCUGCAUCCGGCAGACUUUGAGAUCCUGCGCUCGGUGCCCGUCAACUGGUUUGACAUUGGCCACGAUGGCGAUGCAUUGCGACCCUUUCACAGCAUCUGGCGGUCGCCGGUGAUAUGCCUGGAUGUGGAGGGUCGGUUUGCCAGGAUCAAUCAGAAUACCACCAAGCGGGACAGUAGGUUUACGGUGCCAUUGGAGCAGGCUGUGGCCUGGUAUCGGGCCUACGACAAGUUCUUGGAGCUGGCCCACUCGGAGGCGGUGGAGUUCAAGACGCAGGCCGGGGAUGUGUUUGUGUUUAACAAUCUGCGCAUGCUGCACGGGCGGACGGCCUAUGAGGAUGCGCCGGGCAACAAGCGGCACUUGGUGGGGGCCUAUGUCGAUUGGGAUAUCAUCUACUCCAAGCUGCGAACUCUCAAGUAUCCCAAUGCCAAGGAUUAGAGGAUGUACAGUACAAGUGAUGUGAAAAUAACUAUGGAAUUUUAAAUAAUAAUUUUUGUGAAUAUA